GACGGUCGAUAGAGCGCCUGUCAAACGAACUGUCAACGGCAAUCAGACAGUUCUCGAUGGGAUAUUUUUUUUCGUUUUGUUUAUACCACUGCAUACAACAUAUAGCAUAUACCAUCACAAACCGCAACAUUGCCGCCAUUUUGGAAGUGGAAAAAAUAUAGCGAAAUUUUGUUUUUUGUUCAUACAAUUUGAAGCAGUCUGCUUUUUUCUUUUGCAAAUGCAAUCGAAAUUUUUCAUUUGAAUUGACAAGUGAAACUAUUGAGAGAAAAAUAUUUCAACGAUCUUCCAGUGGGACGGACAUAUUGAGCUAUGGGGAGAGUACGAACAGCGGCUGCAAAAAAAUACAUUGAAAAAACACCGAAUAGUGAUGAGGACAAAAGUUUGGUGGAUGUGAAACGAUCAUCACGGGCAAAGGGGACAUCCAAUAAAAUCCAAGCUACUCCGCGCGCUUCAUCAAGCCGUACGAGUCGCGCCACAAGGAACUCUGCGGUGAACGAUAAACAAAAUGGAAAAAAUGUUAAAAAUGGUGUUACAACCUCUAGUUCAUCGGACUCAGAAGAUGACGCUCUAAUUGUGAAUCGUAAGCGAAAGACAUCAAACGAAAAUGUGAGCCCGAAAAAGGCAAAGCCGAGCACAUCUACAGCGGCAAAGAGCAAACCGACGGGAAACAAGCCGCAGAAGGCUGGUCCAUCGAAAAAGAAAAAGGGUGAAGAAGAUCGAUACGAGGUUGAGGCCAUUCUGGACCAUAAAAUCGAAGGUAAUGUCAAGUAUUUCUUGAUCCGCUGGAAAGGAUACGAUUCAAGUGUCGACAGCUGGGAAAGUCAGUACAGCAUUUCGUGCCCGGCACUUCUUGCUAAAUAUUACGAAGAACACCCCGAUGCAAGUAUUUCAGCAAGAAAGCGCAGCAAGAAACGAAAGCCAGUGGUUCCAAAACCACGCCAGCUCAAAAUCGAUGAGCAGCUCGACUACAAUUCCGAUUGGGAUGAAAACGAAGACUAUGAAGUUGAACGUAUCAUGGACGUCUAUAUACAUCGAAACAAUAAACGGGAAUUUUUGAUUCGCUGGAAAGGUUUCUCAUCCAACUCUGAUUCAUGGGAGCCGGAAGAGAAUUUAGAUUGCAAAGAUUUGAUCGACAAAUUCAUGAGCAAAGUGGAUCAAGUUAAAAAUCUCACUCAAAAAGAAUUACGACCAGUUCGUUCACAGACACAAAGGUUUACUUUGAUGACACAGGCCGCUGCACGCCGUCUAUCAAAGCGAAAUGUUGGCCGACAACGAACGGUCUACUACGAUUGCGACGAGUAAUCACUUUGCCAUUGCUCCAUUUUCACCACUACACAUUUUUUUCCCCCUAAAUCAUUGAGUCAUCGAAUUGUUUCUCUUUCUAAGGGCCGAAAUUCAUACCACACUUUUGUGCCGUAUCAUCGAUUUUUUCAAUCACUUCAAUCGCCCCAUGCAAUCGAAAUAGUUGACUAUUUAUUGAAACAACAUUGCACCUAGAUUUUUCAAAAUUUAUUUUCACAAGUGAAAACUAUACAAUUUAUUCCCAAUUUUACAAAAUAACUUUUCCACAUCAAUUGUGAGAUUUGAGUCAUCAAUCGACGAUAGGUGCUCUAAUAGUUUACAAAAUUGAGGUAGUAGUGCGUGAAGUUCAUUUCUUCUAUCUCCAAGGCACCACAGAAGGCUAACAUGGAAAGAUGCUUCCUGAAAAUAGAUUUUAUGUAAAUUUAAGCAACUAAAAUUGAGCGCGUUAUUUUUUGGUUCUAAUUGUACUUACCUUAUAAAAAGAAGGCAAUUUAAAUUCUUUCAGGCAACUAUCCAAUUGGUUUACAAUGUUCUGUAAAUUUUGGGUGGAAUUUGUAUUCUUUUCGGCAAAUGAUAGGCUUAUAAAUGUCCUGGUUUGGUUAUCGUUGCAAUAGAUUUGAAUCGAACUUAAAUUUAUCCAAAAUCUAAAUCAUUUUUCAAAAAAUAUGAAAACAAAACGAAUGUAUCAAUUAAAUAUUUUCAAUAAAUGUUAAAGUAAAGUAUAUGAGAUGAA